CGGAGCGUGGCAAGAGAGUCGAGUCGAGAGGGGGCGGCUGGGCUGCCAGCUGCCAUCGCGACGCACGGACGUACCCAACGCGUGCGCACACACCUAGCCUGCUCCCGUGCCGCCGCCGCCGCCACGCCGAUCGCCAGGGCAUGCUCGGUGACGCCCGCCUGCCGCGUUGCAGCGCCUUGGCCGGGCGCCUGCCUUGCGCGCGCGAGUUUGCCGCGACGGCGCUCUCACCGCCCGCUCAAGGCCGCUGCGGCCGGCUGCCCAUCUCAAGGGUCCAGCGCCGCGCUCGUGGUGCGCACACACGUGCAACGCCGCAUCUCACCGUCGCUCGGUGCACGAGAGGAAGAGAGAUGCGCCGGCGGCGCUCCGUGAUGGCAGAAGGCAGAUCUCAGGCACAGGCAGGGCAGGGCAAGCCCAGAGAGGGGCCGGCGGCGGCGGCGCUGCCACGGCGAGCGCGAGAGCAAGCUUCUGCCCCCUUGGGGCGCCCCAGACCCGCCGUUCUGAAGGAAGCCGAGCUGCCAUCGGGCGCUGACAGACCUCGCAGAGCGCUCGUGGUUGCAGCAGGGACCAGCGCAGGUCUGCUCUGCGGAUUGUAGGGCCUACUUUGCGCCGUUUUGAGCUAUGAGGGAGGCUUGCUGGCUUGUCCACUUGCGACGGCAUCGAGCUGCGCAGACCGAUGCCAGACGGCUGAGACGAGCAAUUCACUGGAACCGCCAUGACGCU